AUGCUGGUUUCGUUUGUGAUGGGUGGUUUGGCUAUGGAGGAGAUGCCUUUAUCGGCGUUGUUCGAGCAAGCAAGGAAAAUUCAUCUCGCCGGUUCAGACUCUCGUGCCGAUCAGGAUCUUGUGAAGAAAGGAUGUGAGAUGUUACAGAAGUGCGAGGACAUGGUAGGGAAAUUGGGUCUUUUCUCGUCUAACGAGACUAAAGAAGAUAUCAGCACGAACAACCUCAAGUAUAUCUUGGUACCUUACUAUCUUGCCGAGUUGACGGUGAAAAUCAAACAGGACGACCCGAAUCCGAUUGUCCGGAUUCCGAUUGUCAAGGCCUCGUAUGCAAAGUUGAAGGAGUUUUUUUCGUUCUGUGAGGCAAUGGAGCUUGUUCCGGAAGAGGAGUUAGCGGCUUCUUCACGAGGAGGUUCUGCUCCUCCUGCUGAUCGAAGAGCUCUGAAGAUAGCUCGAUUCAAACGUCAAAAGGCUGCAGAGUCGAAGCUUCUUGAAAUCAAAGAGAGGAAGGAGCGACGUGGACGUUCAAGUAAAGCAGCUGCCUUAUCCACUCCUGUUGAAUCUGGAGAUGAAGAUAUUCCAGAUGAUGACAGUGAAGAAGAGAGAGAGGCGUGGCUCUCCACGAUCAACUUGGCUAUUUGCAAGGCUAUUGAUCUGUUGGAAUUACUAAAGAGAGAAGAGGAGAUGCUCUCUGCAGUGAAGGAAGAGCAGUUGAAGAAUGGGGAGGACGUGUUUUCGCGGGAUGCUCUUGAUGAUCGCGCAAAGAAAGCCGAAACCUGGCACAGAGAUGCUGCUGCAAGGGUACAGUACUCUAGACCGGCACAACCAAUCACUUGUGCCACAUUUGCACAAGAUGUGUUAGAAGGAAGAGCUUCAGUAUCGCAGGGUCACGAACACAAGCACCAACCUCUUAUAUUCGGUCCAGCAAGCAUCGUUAGUGGAGGUUUCUCUACAGAGAGAGAGAGGAUGAUUGCUCAGGUUUUCCAACCAAGUCACAGGAUGCCGACAAUGAGCAUAGAGGAUGCUGGGUUGACAGAGAUGAACAUAAUGAAUGAUUGGCAAGAGCAGACGAAAAAAGCCAUUGAAGAAGCCACCACCUCGUGGCACAAUGAUAAACCUAUGAGAAAAAAGGAAGAAGACGACGAAGAUGAUGAUGAAGACGAGGAAGCUGUGAUGAAAGCUAGGGCAUUCGAUGAUUGGAAAGACGAUAAUCCUCGUGGUGCAGGUAACAAGAAACUCACACCUUGUGGCUGA